UUCCACUACAGUUGUCAGGAAAUAUGACUUUUUAGACUUUUUUUUAUCAAUUUUAGGCUAUUAAUUUUUUAGAUUAGGUAGCAUGGCGAGCCCACCAAAGAAGCUCAAGAGUUUCCGAACGAACAGCGACCGAAGGUCGAAAAAGAGAUUCUAUAAGAGCGCAGAAAUCGCUUACAAAUUGGAGGCAUCGCCUAACUUUUGGAAAAGCACCUUCAGAAAUCAUCCGGAACUGUGUUCACUGCUGGAAGGACGCGCCGAGGACUGCUUUAACUACUUAACGCACGUCGUAGUGCACGAUUUCAGUGGAAAGAGGUCGCGGUACGAACUGACGUUUCGCUUUAGACCAAAUCCUUACUUUGAAAACGAAACCUUGAAAAAGAAAAUUGAUUUGGUAGAAUCUUCGGGUGGUGACGCGUCAUCAAGCACCCCCAUCCGGUGGAAGGAUGGAAUGGAUCCCACAACUGCCAACAGUUCAGGACGAAAGCGGCACUUAGAGCAAUAUUCAUUCUUCACGUGGUACAAUGACAACUCUGAUACGUCUCUAGAUGCUUCUCACACGAUUUGUAUUGCGCUUUAUGACUUGAUGUUGGAGGUCGUGGUUUAAUAAAGGA